AUGGUACCAGGCAGGCACAGUGGUCUCCGGACGUAUGGUACCAAGGAUGCCAGUGUUCAGCAGGGCUGCCUUCCUGGCGCUGAAUCCAAAGAGCAGCAGCUGAAUCGCCAGGAAAAACAUCACAGGCCAUUUAAUCCAACACAUGCAAGAAGAAAUAAAAAUCCUUUAAGUAACCUGAUAAGUGGUUACCAAUGCUUUGAAGCUGUCCAGCGGAGGACAACUCUCUACAUCCUUCCAUAUCACCGCACACCCCCAUGUGCUAUUUUCCAAACUCUUCCUCCUCCUCCUCCUGUUACUUAUGGAUCUCUCCUGCAGUUUUUCCAUGAAAAGUUCCAGGUAUCCUUGUCCAAGCUGGCAACAGCACUGCCUCAAGAGCUUUUGAUUGCCUACUGCCUGCAAGGGCUAGUAAUCUACCUUUUAGAUCCUAGUCCAAGUGGCCAGCCAAUAGUGGACAACGAUGUGAACGAAUGUGCCAUUGACAAUGGUGGCUGUCAAGAGCAGUGCUGCAAUACAAUUGGCAGCUAUUACUGCAAAUGCCAAGCUGGCCAGAAACUGAAAGAAGACGGGAAAGGCUGCAAAGAUGUCGAUGAAUGUGCAGUAGUGAACGGAGGCUGCCAGCAGAGCUGCAUUAACACUGAGGGCUCCUUCUACUGUGAAUGUGAUAUGGGAUACAGACUCCAUGCUGAUGGACGCACCUGCAUAAUGAAGGACCCCUGCUCCGGUGGACACAGAAGAUGCUCCCAUAUCUGUCGAAAUGAGCACGGCACUGCCAGGUGUGCCUGCCACCCAGGGUACCAUCUGUCUACAGACAAAAUGUCAUGCAAAGACAUUGAUGAGUGUGCAGAAGGCAGUGCUCAUUGUACCCACAACUGCAUGAACUCCAUGGGAUCUUUUACCUGUACCUGUAACCCUGGCUUUGAACUUGGUGCAGAUGGAAGGCAGUGCUACCGGAUUGAAAUGGAAAUUGUCAAUAGCUGUGAGCAGAACAAUGGGGGCUGCUCUCAUCACUGUGAGCACUCAACUGGUGGGCCCCGUUGUUCUUGUAACCAUGGACACCAUCUUGAUGUGGAUGGAAAAACAUGCAAAGAUCUUGAUGAGUGUGAGAGUGGGCAAGCCUGCUGUUCCCAGUUCUGCAUGAACUAUUUGGGAGGCUACGAAUGUGAUUGUAAAACAGGAUUUCAGCUCAGUCCUGAUGGAUGUGGCUGUGAUGAUGUGGAUGAGUGUCUGCCGGACAGUACUGACUGUGACCAGCUCUGUAUUAAUUCUUUGGGAUCCUAUGAAUGUCUCUGCGAGGAAGGUUACCAAAUUGAUAGUAACAGAAAAACUUGCAUCCCUUUGGAUGAGGAGGAAUUAGAGGAGGAAGAAGAGGAAUUGGAAGUUGUACGCUUCCCAGAUCUUCACUUCAGAAGACACGCUCAACUGCUUACUUAUGCUGUUGUCCCAAAUCCCAAUUAUGAAGAUGAAGAUGAAUUAGAGGAAAGAGAUAUUCGAGGAGAAUUCACUGUUUUACACAAAGUAGUCUGUUUAAAUGACACUUUUGGACAUGACUGCAGUUUAAUGUGUGAAGACUGUAUGAAUGGAGGCAAAUGCAAUGAGGAAAAGAAUCGCUGUCUCUGCCCAGCUGGCUGGGGAGGCAUCCUCUGUAAUGAAACUUGUCUCCCAGGGUCCUAUGGACAAGAGUGCAAUGGCAUCUGUCAGUGUCAGAACGGAGGCUCCUGUGACCCUAUAACAGGCCAGUGUCAUUGUCCCCCUGGAGUUCAUGGGAUGAACUGUGAAGAUGGAUGUCCUAAAGGGUUCUUUGGAAAGGAUUGCAAAAAGAAAUGUGUGUGUGCCCACAACAGUUAUUGUCACAAAGUCUAUGGAGUUUGCUUAUGUGACCCAGGACGUUAUGGUCGGUUUUGCCAUCUGACCUGUCCCAAGGGAGCCUAUGGAGCUGGCUGUUCUUCUGAAUGUCAGUGUAUGGAGGAGAACACCCUGGAAUGCAGUGCCAAAAAUGGUUCAUGCACCUGCAAAUCUGGUUACCAAGGCAACAGAUGCCAGGAAGAAUGCCCAGAGGGGACUUUUGGUCCAAGAUGUGGGUUCAGCUGUCAAUGCAAGAAUGGAGCUGUUUGUGACCCUGUGAGCGGAGCCUGUACCUGCCCAGCUGAGUGGACAGGAACAUUCUGCGAAGAAGGUCUCCAGGGAAACCCCGAGAGUGAAGGUUGCAGUCAAGUUCGUAACUGUCACAAUGGAGCCAGCUGUGAUCCUCAAACUGGACAAUGUCUCUGCACAUCUGGAUGGACGGGACCUACUUGCCAGGAAGGAUUCAUAGAGGGAUUAUUAGCAAAAUUAUACACUAUUACAUAAGAAUGGCUAUGGAAAUUUUAACUGCUAUUGAUGAGAAUGAAGAGGAAGGAAUGAACCCAACAGAAUGACUGACAAGUGACAAAACUUCAGUUCAUGUUCAUUUGUGUGUAGACUGGAGCAGCCUGGGAAGUUUCAGCCAGUGGCACCAUGAAAACUCAUUCUUUUGAUGGACAGUCCCCCAUGAAUUAUGCAAUGAUUUUACUUGAUUUUACCUGACAUCACCCUAUGAUUUUCUUCAGUGACACGAAAAUUGCAGCCGGUUCUUGACAGUUGGUCACAAAUGGACUGAACCAAACAAAAUCAAAUGGUAUACUAAUCCCCAAGUAAAUGUAAUGAAACUCAGGUCCCAGAGGACAGCACACUUCUGUAGGCAAUGGUCUUAUUUAAUAAAACUUUCCCCUGCUCUCAUGGUGCGUGCUGUAUUUACAAA